AUGAAAAGUGCAUUCGGAGUUUUGCAAUCUCGUUUUGCAAUUAUUGCAGGGCCGUCGCGUUUUUGGAGAAAAGAAGUGCUACAUGAUAUAUUAACAUCAUGUAUUAUACUGCACAACAUGAUAAUCGAGGAUGAGCGUGAUCUUAAUGCACCAAUUCAAGAUGCUUGGGAAGGUCCAACUCCAACAGUAGAAAUGGUAGUAGAUGAAAAUUAUCGAUUUGAACAAUUUUUAGCUCGACACAAAAAAAUUAAGAACAAAGAUGCUCAUUUUGCACUUCGUAAUGCAUUAGUAGAGCAUUUAUGGGAGCAACGUACUAAUCAUGAAAGUUGAA